ACAGGAAUACAUGGGCAACUGAAAUACCACGCCAUCAAGCCAAUGGAUUCUUCUUCUUCUUCUUCUUCUCUCUCUCGCUCUCUCCUUUUGCUUCUACAUAUCCCAGCAUCAGUAAUAAACACAUAGGCCUACAUGCAGGCUUGAGCAACGCAAUAACACUGUCACAACGUGUAUUCACAGUGCAGACAGCCGUAGAUUGUGCAGGCAGGUUAGGCCACAGAGAGUAAAGCCAUGUGUGCAGUGUGGAGGCUAUACUACUGUGUCAGAGCCUGUAAAACACGUUAGGAACCAGGGGUCGUUUAUAAGUGACUGAUUUAUGGCUUUUAUUGCUCUAUAAAACGCCUCUAACAUCCUCGCGAGGGCUAAUAGAAAUGUCGCGCGCAUUCUGUACAAACAGGAAGGCUAGAAAUGUCAUUUCACGUCACUGUUACUCAUAUUACUGUGUAGUUCAUUCUGAGGAAAUGGAUACAUGAGUUAAGUUUUUAUCUCCAUGCUGUUGACCAUAAGAUUGACUUGUUUAUAUUCAGGUCUAUUGUUUCCUCAAGUGGGACUCCAGAACUUUUGGUUAAAGUUAUAUUACUGUUAUUAUACUGUGGGACAUUUUUAUACUUGUUCUUUUGCUCCAAAACUAACUUCAUAAUAAAGAGGAGGGCGUUGCAUGGAGGCUGCUAAGCUAUCAGUGACAUCUGACCACAGCAAAGUGUGGGAUGGGAAGUGAAAGCAAACAGCAGCACAUGACAAGUUUAUACAUUCAGGCAAGAUCAGUUUACAGAGGAAUAGCAGACCUCCAGUGAAGUGGGGAUGGUUUGUGCCUCUGCCAUGAUUGGUGCAUAUUUGGAGUUUGGAGGCUAUACAGUCCUAGCUGGAGACAACAUGAAAACUUGACUUGAUUUUUAUAUAUUGAUUAUUAAUGGGAUUAUAUUAAAAAAUAUAUAUUACAUAUCUGUUGCAUUUCUAGCAGUACAUUUACGUAUUUCCUUUCACUAAGCUUUGUCUUUCAUAAUAUUUUGGUUGUAGCUUGUCCUCACAGGUUUAGUUGACUGUGAAGUGACAUCUAACAACAAAUGCCAGAAGUCGUCUUUCAAGUUAAGACAAAGGAUAAGAACAUUUAAAUGUUGUUAAAACAGAGAUCCAUAAGUAGAGAUCAGUUCAAUGAAGUAUUUUGUUUGAAAAAGCCUCUUAGGAUGAAUAAAGUAGCAUUUUUUGCAAUAUAAAGAACAAAGUCCCCAUCUGUGAAAGGACUGAAUCCUGAAUCCUAAAUUGCCUUACAUUCUCAUGCUCCAACAACCAAAUGUAAUGUAACACCUCUGAGCCACUUUACACUUAUCUGCAGUGAAGUCAGCAGAUCAUGAUGUCCUGAGACUGGUCUGCCUGUGACUCCAUAAUGAUACUGGUCCUCUUCUUCUGGAUGUCUGACAUCAUAACGGUUGCACCCACUGCUUACUGGCCUGAUGCUCUACACAGUUGUGACAUGUGACUGCACGUCUAUGAUUUUACUUUGGGAUUAUUGAGUUAGUUGUGUUCCUGAUCAUCAUUAUCGUACAAUUUCACAGCUCUCUGCUAGUAUUCAUUGGUAAGGCUGCUCAUCAUAAUAUUUAAAUAUACAUAUGCGUGGCUUUUGUUGUGUCUUUCAUUGUUAGAGGUUUUAUUAAAGGUUAAAGUUACAUCGUACACUUGCCUAUUCUCUUUUAUACACUUUUUGCAUCUUUCAGUUGGAUCACAAUAACAUUUCUUAAUAGAUUUUUUUUUGCUCUAUUAUAAAGAAGAGUUUUGCUGAUAUUCAAAGCAGCUUCAAAAUACCUGUAAGCUUGAGAAUCCUUACCUCAAUCUCUGCCUAUAGUUAUUCAAUUUUAAGUUGCAGGCCGAAUGUUUUAAUUAACAACCCAGAAGAAAAAACAUAGAGUAAAACAUGGUUAAAAUUGGAUUCAGUUCUCAGUCAUUAGAUGAUCAGGCCUGUUUCAAACAUCAACCCCUCCUUUAGAUCAUCUCACCCUCCAGUCCUCCUCUGACAUUUAGAUUCACCAUAAACCUUUAAAAUAUGAGUGCUGAAAUGCUCUUAGAAAUAUCAUCAAAACUGCAGCAGCUCUAUAACUCUUAAGUGUAUUAAUGGUGCGUAAUGUGCUUCACAGCUGAAGUGCUGUUGCUAAAGACUUCAUUAAUUAGCAGAUAACCUUUGUAUAAGGCGUGCAGGCUAACAAAAUGAUUGCUUUGCUAUUGUUGUGCCUUAUCCUUGGCGAAUCACCUAUUGUCCCUUUGAAUAAUUGAGACCAGUGGAUUUUGCCUGUUUUAUUUUUUCCUUGGUCAGCAACUAGCUACUAGUUUUGUCCCCAAGAUCAAUUGCUUUGGUAACACAACCAGAGAGGGAGAGGGAGAGAGAGAGAGUGAUAGAGAGAGAUAGGGGGAGAGAGACAGGGAGAGAGAUUUGUGCCCACAAUGGCGACUGUAGGUAUGCUAAAUACCUCUGGUUCCUUAUCCGGGAACUACCUCUUACUCCGCGAUUGGGCCACUGGGUCACGUGGUAAAAGUAACUUUACAGGGCUGCUCGCAAGUAGGAGGGCUUUAUGGAGCAGAAAAACGACAAAGCUAGAAAAAUUAUUUUCCACUCCAGAAAUUAAUGAUCAUGAGCUCGUAUUUGAUGGAGUCUAACUACAUUGAUCCGAAAUUUCCUCCAUGCGAGGAAUAUUCGCAAAAUAACUACAUCCCAGAGCAUAGUCCAGAAUUUUACAGCCGCGCGAGGGACAGUGGCUACCAGCAUCACCACCAGGAGUUAUAUCCUCCGCGGGCGAGCUACCAAGAGCGCCAGUUUAACUGUGCAAGCAUCCCUGAACCUGACACGCCACGGGGACAUGGAAUACCCCAAUCUGCGCACCUGCUGACAGGGAAAGGGCAGCCUGCCUCAUGUGAAACCCCACAGUUGUCCAUGUCCCCCGCCACCCCACCGGCCGCCACCUCCGCCUGCAACCAAGCCACCCCGGAGCAUCCCAACAGCACAGCCUCCUCCAAGCAGCCCGUGGUGUACCCGUGGAUGAAGAAAAUUCACGUCAGCACUGUGAACUCGGCGUACAAUGGGACGGAGCCCAAGCGGUCUAGGACAGCUUACACCCGGCAGCAGGUCUUGGAAUUGGAGAAGGAAUUCCACUAUAACCGAUAUUUAACUCGGCGGAGGCGCAUCGAGAUCGCCCACACCCUAGUUCUCUCCGAGCGACAGAUUAAAAUCUGGUUUCAAAACCGCAGGAUGAAAUGGAAAAAGGAUCACAGGCUGCCGAACACCAAAGUGAGAUCCUCCUCUUCCUCCGGCUCCAACACAGGCUCAGCAGCAGGCGCUGUAGCCGCUGCCUCGGCCACUAACACAGGGGCCCCCGACGAACUGACCGGAGCGCAGCAUGCCGAGGAUAUUACCAGGCAAGGAUUCGCAGGCUGCAGCUCAUAGAAAUGUUGUCUGAAGAAAUAUCGCAGAAGCUUCUUCGGGCGUCCCAAGUUGCCAGCGG